AUAUGUUUCUUUCUAUUUAAGACAAACUAUCACUGGAAGGAAUAGUGGUUCAACGUGCUGAAUGCAGGCCUGCAGCUAGUGAAAAUUAUAUGAAACUUAAAAGGCUACAGAUAGAAGAAUCUUCUAAACCUGUAAGAUUAUCACAACAAUUGGACAAAGCUGUAACAACCAAUUAUAAACCUGUGGCUAAUCAUCAGUAUAAUAUUGAGUAUGAAAAGAAGAAAAAAGAAGAUGGAAAACGAGCUCGGGCUGAUAAACAGCAAGUGUUGGACAUGCUUUUUUCUGCCUUUGAAAAACACCAGUAUUAUAACAUUAAGGACUUGGUGGACAUAACGAAACAGCCUGUGAUAUACUUGAAAGAAAUUUUAAGAGAAAUAGGCAUCUACAAUGUAAAGGGAACCCAUAAAAAUACAUGGGAGCUGAAGCCAGAAUACAGACAUUACCAAGGAGAAGAGAAGAGUGAUUAAUGCAACUGUUUAUGAAGCAAACACAGAGGCUACAGAAUAAUGGAACUGCACUGAGGGAACACUGCAGUUAAACAGACUGGACUGAGCACAAUUCAGUACCAAGAGAUCUUUAAAACAGUAAUACCUUGUAAUUUGCCUGGCUUCAUUUUUAAAAACAAAUAGUUUUUGGAUAUUUCUAUACAUUUGUCUUGUUUUUGACAAAAAAAAUUAUAGAAUAAAAGUUGUAUUAGAUUUAUCUUUAUUAGAAAUCUUUUGAGUUUGGCUUUGUUUUUUAAGUGGUUUUGAGGGGGUUUUUUAAUUGCUAACUUUAAAGUAAAACAUACUUUAGAGUCACCCCGUAACUUUGUGUUUUGUAUCCCAGCAGUGCUGAGUAUACAUUUCCACAUCUGCUGUGAUCCUUAGGGGUCUGAUCCUGAGACAUCCUUAAUACUGAAUGUGUUGAACAUCCUUAAUACUGAUUGGAAAUUUGUGGGCACUCUUUGCUUUCAGGCCAAAUCGUUAGGGAAAAGGAGCCACAGUCAUGAUGAUUUCAAGUCUUCCUUUAAACAAACAAUGCUCAGUUUGAAAAAAGCUCUCUAAUCACCGGUUAAUGGGAGGGAGGGGAGCCACUGCAGUUCUGCACUGAGGAAAAACUACUCUGGCCCCAUAAGUACAGCAAGGAAUGAAUAGAAUAUUAGUAUGUUUGUUUUUAAAAUGUGAUCAUGUUUUAUGUUUAAGCAUAUCAAUAAAGAGAGCAUUUAACUUGUACCAAAUAAAGUCAUGCAUAUUAUUGACUGAAUAUUAGAGCUCUGAUAAACUAAAUUAUACAGAUAUGGAUGGCAGGUUUUAGACAGUUUCUGUCCCUGAAUUUGCUACUGAAUCUCCCUGUAACAUUGAGAGUCACUUAACAAUUAUGUGCUUCACUUUCCCCAUUCUUAAAAUGGAAAUAAAUCUCCACUUUUGUAAA